UAAAAGAAACAUUCAUUAUAUGUAAAUGACUACUCUAAAAUUGGAUAUAACCGAUUAAUAUUAUUUUACUUUUGAUUUCUUACUUUAUGGCACCGUUUACGUUUGCAACAGCAUUGCUGUGUGGAGGGAGGAAGGAUAAAAAGAGAAAAGUCGAGGGAAGAAGGAAUGAAUGGUACAUUAUAUGUAUAUAAUGCUUGUAUGUGUCAAUGUAAACAUAAUUCAAACAAUAGAAUUAACAGGGAGAUUCAUUUCAUCGCUAGUAAUUUCUAUUGACGGUUUCUUGAAAGGAGCGAGUCGUGAGAUCGUGGGCAGCUAAGACAGGGUUUGAUCAUUUCUGGUCACACUUGCCAAUUUUGGUAAAGUACGAUUUUACCCGAGCAAUAUUAAAAAAUGUCGUUCUACAAUCUGAUUCGCAUAUUGGCGCAGUUAACUAUCACAAUAUGUUGAUUCUACACGCGCCAGCUACGCACACGGAAGUAAUUACUUCUGAAUCAAAUCGUUACUCUUACGGAACUAUUCCACUAAUACAUAACUUUUAUAAUCAUGCGCAGGUAAAAGUCGUUGUAGCUGCUCGAUCAUGCGUUGACUGCUUCACCUUGGAAACGUUAUAGAUAUGAAUAAAUGUACAAGUACAUAGUCCAAUAAAAAUACAUACUUGACAAUCGCAGACAAGCCGGUAUUCCUCUCGAUCUUGAAAAAUAAGUAUCAAAGGUGCACAGUGCACAUACAAGAACUAUCCAUGUAAGAUGAACAAUUCAAACUUUGUAUGACACUUAGGUUUAUACUAUGUGCAAGGUGUGGAUUGUAAAGCGAAAAGUUGAGAGGAACGUAGUGGAGCAUAAGUUCCUUUACAGUAGUCAGUUGGAUGCACGGUGCAUGCAGCACAGUACACUGUACUUUCAUAAUGUCGAAGGAGUACAAGAGACUCGAAGCCUCUGGCACUCGACGGACAGCUAGUGAAGGGAACGGAUCGUCAUACUCGGUCGUCAUUCGACCAAACGGUCAGCGAAAAUGCCGUCGAAAAGUUGCGUUUAACGGUCUUCGGUUAAACGUGAACUAAAUUUGCCGUGAAUGAACCGAAGUCGUAGUGUGAUCUUCGAAUUGUAUUCUCCGAACGUAAUCGCUUUUCCGCCGUUUUCCGCCCGGUAUUGGCAACCGAAGAAAUGACACUAAUAACGAGAAUAUGAAAAAUCGAAAAUAAAGUUAUGGCCAAAUAUGGAAUAAUUCCGUGCAGUGCGAAUAACAGUUAAACAAACUUAACGAAACCAUGGAAGAACAAUUAUUUGAUCUGCGGAUCGCAUACGGUGACUAAAAACCUGCUUAUUGAACGGUAAAACAGGAAGAAGCUUCUGAGUCACCUUUGAACUAUACCUUGGCGCGAGUUCGAUAGUAGCGUUUCAGUUUAAUUUUUGUGAAUUAAAGAACAAGCAUAUUUUGUUAUCGAAACUAGUUUUCAUUGGUGCCACGCAUCGAACAAAGAAACUUCUUGUGAAAGUUUCCGUGGUGCACGAUAAAGUGUUCUCUUGUAGCGUAUACUCGUACUUGUGAAUGAUCGCGACCAAAGUUAGUGCACUUUCGAUGUGAUCCCGACUUUUAUCCACAGCAGAAAACGAUAUAUCGAGGAUGGGACGAGAGAUUCUCCUAUCCCUUUUGGGAAUCCUCGUUGUGGGCGCAGAAGGAUUGAAGUGCGGACAUCCGGCCGUACCGAUGAAUGCCAAGGUGUCACUGUCCGAUGAAUCCUUAGCAACAGGCACUUUGGCAACGUACACUUGCGACGCCGGAUACGAAUUGUUCGGCAGUGGCAGCCUAACAUGCAACGCUGGUGGAAAAUGGCAAGGGGAUCUACCAUUCUGCGGCACGAACGUCGCCUUUCGCAAACCAACCAACCAAUCGACCACCGUACGAGGCGGAGAUGCCAGCCACGGAAACGACGGCGAUUCAAGUACGGAACACGAUGGAAAGAGAUGCACGGAAACUCAAAGCGAGCCUAGCCCUUGGUGGAAGGUCGACCUUCUCAAGUCGUAUUCGGUAAAAGUGGUCAGAGUAACAACCAGAGGUUGCUGCGGUCAUCAACCGCUUCAGGAUAUCGAAAUACGCGUUGGUAAUAGCAGCGUAGAGCUGCAACGCAAUCCCCUGUGCGCCUGGUUCCCUGGCACGAUUGAGGAGGGAAUCACGAAGACUUUCGUGUGCGCCAGAGCCCUGAUCGGCCAAUAUGUGUUCCUGCAGCUGGUCGGCGUCGAGGGAAGCUUGAGUUUGUGCGAGGUGGAGGUGUUUGCUGUUGAUGAAUUCUCAACUGACAGAUGCGCUUACACCGGGACGCCAGCUGACGCUGACCUGGCUGCUUUCAAUUCCACCUGUUACGAGUUCAUCGUGAAAAAGGGUGGCUCCUUUCAAGAGGCCAGAAAUUAUUGUCGGACAAGAGGCGGUGAUCUCGUUCAUGGUUUCCAGGGUGCAGCCUCGGUGUAUAUACUAAACAAUCUGGAAAGGCGGAAGGACAAGCUGAAGACGCAACUAGUUUGGAUAGGAGCUCAGAAGGAACCGCUGAUAACGGCGAGAACAUGGCGAUGGGUUGACGGCGAGAUUGUGCAAAAACCGUCCUGGGGAAAAGACCAACCAAAUAAUUAUAACGGCGAGCAAAAUUGCGUAGUGCUGGACGGUGGUCGCAGCUGGCUGUGGAAUGACGUUGGCUGUAACCUUGACUAUUUGCAUUGGAUAUGCCAAAGCAGGCCACCUACUUGUGGCAGUCCAGAAAAGUUCGAAAACACAACAAUUAUAGGCACCAAACGAACCAUAGGAUCUACGAUAGAUUACGCUUGUCCCGAUGGAUAUAUGCUAAUAGGAUCGAAGAGUAGAACAUGUCAACCAAAUGGAUUUUGGAGUGGCGAGCCGGCCAUGUGCAAAUUUGUUGACUGCGGCCCCCUGCCUGAACUGGAAAACGGCGCGAUCACGUUGGUCAAUAAAAGAACGACUCACGGAGCGCUUGCUGAUUACGCAUGUAAAGAAAACUACACGUUGCUCGGUGAUGCGAGGCGUAGAUGCGGAGACGGCGGUAUAUGGAGUGGACAUCAACCUCAGUGUUUAUUUGACUGGUGUCCGGAACCACCUCAAAUUAACGGUGGAGUUGUGACAACUACCGGAAAGAGAGCAGGCUCGACAGCCACUUAUUCUUGCCAAAAUGGCUUCAUUCUAUUCGGAGAUAACGUUCUCACGUGCGACGUCGGCGGAGAAUGGUCAGGUAAAGCGCCUCAAUGCAGAUUCGUCGAUUGUGGAGCACCGGCGCAAAUUGAGUUCGGUUCCGUGACCCUAAUUAAUGGCACCACCACAGUUAAGAGUUUGGCCGCGUAUACUUGUCUGGAAGAUUACUGGUUGGUUGGUGAAGCGAAGCAAGAAUGCACCAAGGAAGGGAAAUGGAGUCACGACACGCCGUCGUGCGAAUUAAUCACCUGUGAAGAACCUGAAGUACCGGCUGGAAGCUACGUCGUCGGAUACGACUUAAAUGUUCACAGUGGUAUUGAAUACCACUGCGAAGCAGGAUACUUACUUCAAGGAGAAACAAGACAUACUUGUGGCAGAGACGGUGAAUGGUCGGGAGAAGUACCGACCUGCGAGUAUGUAGACUGCGGGAAAGUUUUGCCUGUCUUGAAUGGUGCUGCAGAAUACGUGAAUGGAACGACUCAUCUCGGAAGCGAAAUCACCUACAGUUGCACGAGAAACUAUAGGCUAAAUGGAGUGUCAAGAAGAUACUGCUUAGACAACGGUCAAUGGAGCGACGCGACUCCAAAGUGUGAAGAAAUUCGCUGCCCGGAGCCGAUUUAUGCGGAGCACGGAAUUCUUUCUGUGACUGGCAACGAUCGAAUGUAUGGUAGAACUCUAAUUCGGACAGGAACUCCGGAGAAUUCUAAUACCGGAGCGACUUCCUACAAGAUCGGUGCACUUGCAAAAUAUCGUUGUGAGAGAGGAUACAAGGUGGUCGGGGAACCUCUAUCUACCUGCGAAGACAACGGAAAAUGGAGCGGCGAAGUUCCGCGAUGUGUCUAUGUCGAUUGUGGAAAACCGGAACACAUUCAACAUGGAAGAUACACUUUAACGUCGAACGCCACCUAUUAUGGAGCUGCUGCUCUUUACGAGUGUGACGGUAAUUUUGAAUUGGAUGGCUUUGCUAGGAGACUGUGUCUUGAGAAUGGCACCUGGAGCAGCGACACCCCAGUUUGUAAGGAAAUUAGGUGCAAAGACCCCGAAAAAGAGGGAGUGUUAUCCACGCAAGUUUCAACUCACAGCGUAGGUGGAGUGGCUCAUUACAGUUGUCCGCGUGGAUUCUACAUGGAAGGGAACGAAACUAGAAUAUGCUUGCAAAAUGGAUCCUGGAGUGGAAGCACGCCAGCCUGUUUUUCGGUCGAUUGCAAACAUCCGGAACCUAUAGAAAAUGGUAGAGUGAUAGUGGUAAACGGAAGUACUACUUAUGGUGGAACCGCAGAAUAUCACUGUUUACCACAGUACGAAAGAGUGGGGCCGUUUUUGAGAAAAUGUUUAGAUACUGGUUCGUGGAGUGGAGAGGAGCCCAAAUGCGAAUUUAUGCCAAAUGAAGUAGCUGAAGCACAAGGCGUGGGUACUAGCGUUGGUAUUGGAGCUGGAGUUAUAAUAUUUAUAUUAAUUAUUCUUGGACUCGUCUAUCUAAGACUGAGGAAAGCUACGCCGGUAAAGAACACAGAAAAUGUUCAAGCGGCUGAAAGAAAAGAGGACCAAAAUGCUGCUGUUAUGUCUUAUGCCACUCUUAACGAUGGCACAACUAACACCAUGUACGAAAAUGUUCCAGAGGACGGUCUCUACGACAGUCCUUACAGCCUAAGUGGCAGUACAUACGGGUACGGUAGUAAUAUGAGAAGACAUUACGGUAGAUCGGGACACUAUGAAGCAGAACCAGUUUCAAACAGGAACGGCAUUACAAUUAAUGGAGUAUCUGUGCGAUAGUUUGAAAUACGACAAUUAGAACCGAGUGUGUUUCUUAAAGUCAGGUAUUAUUUAUGUACAAUGUACAGAUAGGAGGAUACAAAUACGUGAAGCUUUGUUAUCUUUAUUUAUAUUAUUGUAUUCGGCGCAUCGCCGAUGUAUGUAAAUAAGUAAAGAGAAGUAACGUGAUGAUGAAGAAGUGUCUAUGAGAAAAAUACUUCGAUCUUUUCCAUACCAAUGACGAAAGUGUGUAAUAUUAACGAACUUUAUUACAUUACUUCCACGAUUCAAUUCAUGUAUGUAUUAUUAUGUAUAUAGCGUGUUCUCCUAAUUUAGAAUUACUUGUAAGUUUCAAGCGAUGAAUUUGUAACAUAAAUUCGUGUGUUCAUUGGUUAUGAAAAUAAAGAAACCAAUGCUCUCUUGUUUUA